AGUACAUAAUAUUUCCUCUUCUUCAGGACACAGAAACUACUCGACCACCAAUCAUCAUGCAUCAGGUAACUUUGUCGGAAGCAGGGCAUCCCCGGGGAGAUAUACUUGUCAGGGUCCACAACAGAAAGAAGAGAACUGCCUCCAGGCUCAGUAUACCUGACGAAAGGUUUGAAUACACCAACCCAGAUUUCGUGGAUGGGAAGAAGCUGUUUGAGAAGGACAUAAUGUUGACGCCCGAACAGUGGCAAGCAUUGAGGGAGAGGAAAGCCAUUCGCAACUUAAUGUACCGUUGGCCAGAUGGUCCCGACGGAUAUCCAUUGGUUCCAUACACCACAGUUUAUCCAGUUAAUGUGACGGCAAUAUUUGGGUCUGCAACACUGGAUGGACAACCCCUGCAUCAAGUUUACUCGAGUUCCAAAACCCAGCACCCUUACCUCAAUUAUUAUUAUGGUUCUGGUAUGGGCACAGUAGCUCAUGAGACCGGCCAUGCCAUGGGCUUCUUCCAUGAACAAUCACGUCCCGACCGAGAUAACUAUGUUAAUAUUGUCUAUCAGAACAUCAUUCUUGGCAUGGAGAAUAACUUCAUCGAGUACUCCACGACUGUCAUUAACAACUACGGUGUUCCAUACGACUACACCUCCGUGAUGCACUACGGCUCCCAGAAACUUAGGGACAUUCGAAAGUCGAAUUGCAAGUGGCUAGCGAAAUGUGGUCUCCCUGUUGACCCGUGUCAGAACCAAGGCUACACCGGUGUCAACUGUACAUGUGUGUGUCCUCCUGGUACCUCCGGCGACAUAUGUCAGACUGUUACCAGUACUUACUACAGUAAGGACACCAUUCAAACAUUAUUUUCCCCGCACCAAUUUUAUGUACCUUUAUUGUUUUAAAUACAAGACUGUUACUACUAUUGGUAAAUCUUAUGAAGUGUUCACUUAUCUUUAGCACUGUUCGGCUGUAACUUUUUAAUACAUUUAGCAA